GCACAGCCUCAGCCCUGAGUGAGAAGCUGCGUCCACCUCCGCCAUUAACUACUGAUGACUGCAGCUGCUGCAGGUACAGUAUCAGCGCCAAAGAGGCUUCAAGUGUUGUGUUUUGGGAUGCACUUACUAACAUAGGAGUCUCCAUAGACUCCUUCCGAGCCGCUGAGGACACUGUGGUUAAGCUUCAUUGUCUAAGGAAAUAUCCUGGAAAAAAUCGGUGAAGUCCCCAAUACAGCUCCAGACAAAAUCAGCUCCUCCCACACUGGAACUCAUCAUCAGUGAAGCUCCUCCCACACUGGAACUCAUCAUCAGUGAAGCUCCUCCCACACUGGAACUCAUCAUCAGUGAAGCUCCUCCCACACUGGAACUCAUCAUCAGUGAAGCUCCUCCCACUGCAGUUCAGCAAUAAAUGCUGGAAGAUUCCCAUCAGUUCAGAAGUGAAGACGAGCGUCAGAGCAUCAGGAAGAGCUGAAAUCUGAUCAAAGACUGAGUUUAUUAAAGAGGACAGAGAGAAGAUGAGAGAUCCAGAGCCCUGCAGAAUCAAACACACUGAAGAUACUGAACAACAAACAGACCUGAUGGAAGAGAGCGAGGAGAGAGAAGAACUGAGAGAAGUGGAGGAGGAACGUCAUGACAAACCUGGAGAAAAACCUUUGAGAUGCUCAAAGACUAAAAAUACAUUUUUAAAGAAAAGAAAAGCCAAUAAAUCAAUCGCCUGCACUCAGUGUGGGAAGAGUUUCCCAUGCAAAUCAGUGCUUGAGCGUCACAUGAGAGUUCACACCAGAGAGAAGCCGUUCAAGUGUGAUCAGUGCGGCAAAACAUUUCUUCGGUCAACAGCUCUGAAGGCACACCUGACGGUUCAUACGAAUGAGAAGCCACAUUCAUGUUCUGAAUGUGGAAAGAGUUUUUCACUGCUGCAGAUUUUAUAUGUACAUCAGAAAAUUCACACUGGUGUGAGAGAGCACAUGUGCUUUGAGUGUGACAAGACUUUUACUUUAGCGAGCACUUUAAACCUGCACCAGAGAGUUCACACUGGAGAGAAAACUCACAAGUGUUCACACUGUGACAAGACAUUCAGUCAGUCAGGAAAUCUGAAAAGACAUGAGAAGAUCCACAGCAGAGAGAAGUCACACGUGAUCUACCAUGGCACAUAAUUAAAUGUGUGACAGAUAUUACAAAACCAUACAAAUGAAGUCUUUCUUUAUGAUACAAGUCAGGGGUAUUCAAUUAAAGUUCCAGGUUCGGUCUCUUCCCCGCGGAGGUCUGGACUAAAAUAAAUUAUUUAUGGGCCAUUCUACAGAAUUGAUCCAAAGCCAGAGUUAGAAACGUCUUGAAAAAAAUGUCUUCAAAAAAAAAGAAAUUGUAUGUAUGCAUAUUGUAUAAUAUCCAAGGUACACAUUUCUAGUACAACCUGAAUUCCAGAAAUGCUGGGAUGUUUUUUUUAAAAUUUGAAUAAAACAAAAACUAAAAGACUUUCAAAUCACAUGAGCAAAUAUUUUAUUCACAAUAGAACAUAACAAAUGUUUAAACUGAGAAAUUUUACACUUUUAUGCACUAAAUGAGCUCAUUUCAAAUUUGAUGCCUGCUACAGGUCUCAAAGUUGGCACGGGGGUAACAAAGGGCUGAAAAAGCAAGAAAUUUUGAAAAGAUUCAGCUGGGAGAACAUCUACCAACUAAUUAAGUUAAUUAACAUCAGGUCUGUAACAAAAGGGAUGUCUUAGAGAGGCAGAGUCUCUCAGAAGUAAAGAUGGGCAGAGGCUCUCCAAUCUGUGAAAAGAGUGUGUAAAAAGAUUGUGGAAUACUAUAAAAACAAUGUUCCUCAACGUCAAAUUGCAAAGGCUUUGCAAAUCUCAUCAUCUACAGUGCAUAACAAAAGAUUCAGAGAAACUGGAGAAAUCUCUGUGCGUAACAGUGUCCUAACUGCACGCGACGCACGAUAAAAGGUAUCUUUUCCAUGUUAAUUGGAGUUUUUGUCCUAACCAGCAAAACUUCUAAUUUAGAAACAGUUUCUGUUUCCAUGACGUCUCGGCUGGAACAACAACAUAAGAACUAUAUGACAGUAGAUAAUCUCAGGUGAUUAUGUGCUUUAUUCAAAGUGAAAGUGUCUAAUGAGUUUAAAUAUCAUUUUGCGUGACCUUAUAACCAUACUGAAACCAACGACAGAUCUUGUAAAUAGUUUAAAGCAAAGAUGACCGUUAAAACUGUGGACUCGCUGUGAAUCAACGAGUGUAUGCCAUGACAAAGAUGUUAUCAGUCUCUCAGUAUGUACAUUUAAUGAUGUUAAAAAGGUUUAAUAUUUAUGAAUUAGAUUAUAAACGUAUCCAUUUCGUUGCUAGUGCAGAGCGCUUCCAGAGAGAGCCCACCCACACACGCUUCUGAUUGGCUGUGAUAUUUGAUUGAUUCUGUAGUGUGGACAGCUAAAUUGCAUUUCGCUGGAAUCCUGUCGCGUUGCGUGUAGUUAGGACACAGUGUAAGGGACAAGGCCAACGACCUUUGUUUGAUUCCCGUGGUCUUCGGGCCCUCACGCCUCUUUCACACAUACUCCGUUUGCAGUGCGUUUGUGGUGCAUAUUUUUUUUCCGCACCCACGUUAAUGGAUCAGAGCGUUCACACUGCACGUGGUUGCAGUCCGGCAGUGCGUUCCAGGAGCGGUGCGUCUGCAGCAGUGCAGAGAUCGUUAACCGAGUCUAUUUUUGCUGUGCUGCACGCACUGAAUUAAAGUGACAGCACUUUGUUCACGGUAAAAAUGAACAUGGAUUUACAUGGAAAUGUAGUAAUUUCACACAAAAACUUAUAUAAUUAAAGUUUACGGUGUUUCACAGGCUUUUUGGCUGGGUUUAAAACAAAGACAAGUGCACUUUUAGAUAAACAAGGCAACAUAUGCACUUGUGUAUUGUGGAGGUAGAAAAACAAAGUUCUUUAAGACACGUGGGACUGUUUGUAAUAAAGAUUUAAAUGCAAAAGGCACUAGAGCUGACUGUUUCUUUCAGUGGUAAGUUUUAAUUUAAAAUAUUUGUGAAAAGUAGGUCAGUGUUUAAAUGUUUCCACUUGCUUGAGCAACUUAAU